AUGAAACAACCAGAAGCUAGCGCACCAUCGUUAGCCUACGGUAAUCCGGCAUCAUUAGAGUACGCUGAUCCCGGGACAAUAGCCUAUGCUCAUCCCGCCGUUGCGAUCGUCAGCCCUCACUUCUGCAGCCCCCAACCCGUAGAUCUUGCAAUUGUUAGAAAAGUUUUGACCAUAACCGAUGGCAACUUUGUAGUCUCUGAUAUCAAUGGCAACAUCAUUUUUAAAGUCAAAGGAGCUCAUUUAACCCUUCGUGACCACAGGAUCUUACUUGACACAGCUGGUUAUCCCAUCAUUACUCUAAGAAAGAAGUUCAUAAGUGCACAUGAUAGAUGGCAAGUUUUUAGAGGGGAUAGCACAGAAACAAGGGAUCUGAUUUUUAGUGCUAAGAGGUCUUCGAUGUUCCAAUUUAAGACCAAAUUGGAUAUUUUCUUAGCAAAUAACAUAGCCGAGAAAGCACCUGACUUCAGGAUCAAAGGAAGUUGGUUUGAACGAUCUUGUGUCAUAUAUGGUGGGAACUCUUCCACCAUCGUUGCCCAAAUGCAUAAGAAGCGGACAGUUAAAAGCGUGCUGUUUGGAAAGGACAAUUUCAUGGUGACAGUGUACCCAGGCAUUGACCAUGCAUUCAUUAUCGCGCUUAUUGUGAUUCUUGAUGAGAUUAAUGAAAAUUAA